AUGAAGCUAAGCGCCGUUGCCACCCUAUUCACUGCCCUUGCGGCAGUGGCCUUUGCAACCCCUAUGACACGGUCGCACAAGCACGUUGUGCACGAGGAAAGGCACCCCGCAAGAAGAGAAUGGGUCAAGAACCAUCGAUUGCACUCAAUGGCCAGGCUGCCAGUUCGGAUCGGUCUUACCCAGUCGAAUCUUCACCGUGCAAACGAGUUCAUGAAUGAUGUGGCACAUCCAGACUCUCCCAACUACGGCAAGCAUUGGACUCAUGAGGACAUCAUCAACAUGUUCGCCCCAAAACAGGAAUCCAUUGCUCUCGUCAUGCAGUGGCUUGAGAGCGAGGGUAUCAAGAGAAGCCGCGUUGAGCUCUCCAAAGGACGUAACUGGGUUCAGUUCAACGCCACCGUCGGCGAGGUCGAACGGCUCCUGAAGACCGAGUACCACGUCUACAAGCACGAGCAAGGGCACAUGCACGUUGCUUGCGACAAGUAUCACGUUCCGGAGCACCUGGUGGAGCACAUCGACAUGAUCACUCCAUCAGUACACUUCGACCGACGCAUCGGCGAGCAAAGGAAAAAUAACCAGCAAGAGCUCGAAGAGCACCAUGUUGAAGAGCUGAAGAAACGCCAACGCAAGAAGAGGGAGCUCCUUGAGAAACGGCAAGUCGAAGCCACCGCUACCACCGGCAAGUCUGCCGCCAUCCAGGGUUCUCCUGACGGUGGCUUUGGGCCGAAGCAGGGCGUAACCGUCAUGAACGCCCUCAUGGACCUCAAUCAGUGCGAUUCUAUGAUCACCCCGGACUGUCUGCGUGCGCUCUACGCCACGCCUCCCGGCUCGUUGAAAGCGUCCAACAACACGCUCGGCAUCGUCGAGUACACGCCGCAGGCCUUCCUCCAGUCGGACUUGAACAUGUACUUCAACGAGUUCGAGCCCCGCCUCAAAGGCACAAGUCCCAUCGUCACUCUGGUGGGCAAUGCCGUGGUGCAGACCAAGAACCAGAGCUUCAACUUCAACGGAGAGUCUUCACUUGAUCUGGAGUUCGCCAUGGCUUUGAUCUUCCCCCAACAGACGACGCUUUACCAAGUCGGAGACUUGAACCAGGGUGCCAGCUUCAACAACUUCCUUGACGCCAUUGACGGCAGCUACUGCACGUUCCAGGGGGGCGAUUCCAAGGAUCCUAACAUUGACGGACAGUACGGCACCAAGGUCUGCGGAUCAGCCCCGCUGGUGAACGUCAUCUCCACGAGCUACGGUUUCAACGAGGCAGACCUUGGCCGCAAGUACGUCGAGCGCCAGUGUGCCGAGUACAUGAAGCUCGGCCUCCAGGGCGUCACAGUUCUGUACUCAUCCGGCGACUCGGGUGUUGGUGGCAAUGGCAAGCAAUGCAUCGAUACCCAGACCGGCGCCUACAACGACGGCAAGACCGGUAUCUUCAAUCCCUCAUUCCCCGGAGGCUGCCCGUGGGUCACAUCUGUCGGCGCCACACAGAUUCUGGAGGGUUCCACUGUUCACACUCCCGAGAGCGCGUGCGAGAAGGUCAUCUUCUCUGGCGGAGGCUUUUCCAACGUCUUUUCCCUCCCCGACUACCAGAAGCAGGCGAUGGACAGUUACUAUAGCAAGAAUGCGCCGCCGUAUGGUGCGGACCGGUACAACAACUCCAGGACCGUUCGCGGUUUUCCGGAUAUCGCCGCCAACGGCGCCAACUACGUGACGGCCGUCAACGGCAAGUUUUCGUUGUCUUUUGGUACCUCUGCAUCUGCACCUGUCGUUGGCUCCAUUAUCAACAUGCUCAACGAGAAGCGCAUCGAUGCCGGCAAGAAGCCGGUCGGCUUCAUCAACCCGACACUCUACGCGCACCCAGAGAUUCUCAACGACGUAACCAACGGCGACAACCCGGGCUGCGGCACCAAAGGCUUCUCUGCUGUGGAAGGUUGGGAUCCCGUUACGGGCAUGGGCGUGACCAUGCGACUAACGUCCGUCCACAGCACACCUAAUUAUCCCGAGAUGGAGAAGCUGUUCCUUAGCUUGCCUUAA